CCCCCCCCCCCCCCUCGCUCGCUCUCCCCUCCCGUCCUUGCUACAAAAGGAUCCCGCUACCUUCUCGGUUCCCCCUCCCGCUAUUCUCUCCCGCAUACCCCUCCGUCCUAUCCACCCUCUAUACCCACGACGAACAGUUGCAAGCCUCGCCGCCCCGUGUCUUGUUUUCUGUCUGUGGCCCUGAUUCUUCGCCGUUCAGAAAAGCGGCCCAUCAGUAGUUGCCGCCUGAUCGUCGGUUCUGAACCACUCGUUGAGCAUAAGAAGCUGCAACGAACGUCAGAGGUGUUCACACACAAACAAGGUCUUUUCACGCAGAGGACUCGCGCCUCUCUUCCAAGAUAACAAUGUCUGCCGAACCCGAAGCUACCCCCCCACAAGCUGACGUUCCCCCCGCUGACGCCGAGCAGCCAGUUUGUGCUGCAGAGCUCUCGGGGGACUAUGACCUCCACUGGCAUAUCGGCGCGAUGUUUCUCAUCAUGUUGCUGUCGUUCAUGGGAACACUCCUGCCCAUCGUCGGGCGAAGAUUCUCUGCGGCCAAGCUUGGCAACCUGUCCUUCCAAUGUCUGAAACUCUUCGGCAGCGGUGUCAUCUUAGCCACCGCUGUCGUUCACAUGUUCACGCCUGCCCAAGAGCAGCUCACCAACCCAUGCCUCCCUCAAGUCUUCCAAGACUAUGGCGCCUGGGCCGGCGCGAUUGCCCUCUUUGGCAUUUUCUUCACCCAUUUCCUUCAAGUAUCUGCUGUAACCAUAUUACGCCAGCGCCAUGGCAAGAAGCAUGCAACAAAGGCCGUGCAUGCCGCCCAUACCCACCGACACCACCAUCAUGAGAUGCGCGCUGAGCAAGCCCACGGCGACAACGACUCGGGCAGUGUGUCCACUUCUACCGAAGGGCCUCUUUCACUAUCCACUGGCAAGCAGCUGGAGGAAGGACUCGUUCAAGAUAAGGAUAGGAUCAACGGCGAGGGCGCAUCGUCGUCUACGGAUGCGGAGCCCCAUGUUGUCCAUCGCCAUUCUCAAGCUCACGCUGACGACGCUCAUCACCAUAGCUUGGUGCUCGCGGAUGCCGAGAAGACUGUCGCGACGUACGUUCUUGAGCUCGGUAUUGCGUCGCACUCUAUCAUCAUCGGGUUGACGCUCGGUGCCGCCAGAGAGGAGUUCCACAGUCUCCUCAUCGCACUCUGCUUCCACCAAUUCUUCGAGGGCCUGGCCCUCUCCACCGUCGUCUUGGACGCAGAGCUCAAGAAGCGCACCCUUGCAAUCGGGAUGGUCAUCUUCUACUGCUUCACCACGCCCAUUGGAAUCGCAUUGGGCAUCGCGCUCAACUCAAGUUACAACGAAAACGCAACCCGCGCCCUCAUCUCCACCGGCGUCCUCGACGCCCUCUCCGCCGGAAUCCUCCUCUACGACGGCCUCGCCAACAUCAUCGUGCCCCACUUCCAGUCCAUGAACUUCAAGCACGCCCGGAUCAGCGCACAGUUCGUCCAGUUCCUUUCCCUGUGGGCCGGUGCCGCCCUCAUGGCUGUGAUUGGUCGCUGGGCGUAGAUCCCAUCCAAUAUACCCAUACGUUGGGACAACCAAAGGCUCUACCUCUUCAAGACUCUUUUUCUUUAAGGCAGUCAUGGAACCGCUUAUACACCAGCAAUAUAUAUCCUCGCUUUCGCGAAAGAACCCAUCCCGCUUUUCCCACUUCCGCCGUUGAUGGCGGUCGGACACUUCAUUUGUAUCUUAUG